GAUUCUCCGGAAGAAUUCCCUUGACCCUUCCAAAAAGCUGGACUUUUUUCGAUGGUGUUGCUCUCUCAGACCAAAGUUCAAACACAUUGCAGGCACUUACUCACACAUGUUUCGUACCCUCUGCAGCAUUGGGUUCGUUGAGGAAAUCCCGAAUUUGUUAGUUUUGAUGAAGGAAGAUGGUGCUGUCUUUGGUUCUGAGACUUUCAAGUUCUUGCUCAAUGAGUUUAUUCGGUUUGAUAGGUUCGAUUCUACGCUUGAGAUUCUUGAUCACAUGGAAGAAUUGGGUACUAACUUGAAUCCCAGUGUGUGUGGUACUGUGCUCGUUGCUUUGGUUAGGAAAAACCAGGUGGGUUUAGCGUUAUCUAUAUUCUUGAAGCUUUUAGAAGCUAGUAAUGGCAUUGAUAAUGGGGAUUCUAGUUUGCUCCCGGGUUCAAUUGCAUUUAAUGAGUUGCUAGUUGCUCUUAGGAAAGCAAUUAGGUGAAAGGCUAUUGCAUGGACGUCGCGAACCCGCAAGCUGGGUUCCUCGCGAACCCAGGCUCUUGGGUUUGCCUAGAGGUAAAAGAAAAAAAAGAAAAAAAAAGGCUGGAGGAAGGAGAAGCGGGGGAAGAAGAUGAGGGUAUAUCAGUAAUUAAAGGUAAAAGAUUUAA